AUGAGCAAGUCUGCAUCCUCGUCUACAACGGACAUUAGCUCCACCAAGAAGUCGGCCGAUGGCACAAUACUUUCACGGCUGAAGAAGCACAUGGAGGGGGUCCAAAAAAAAUGGGGCCCGCUCAUGGCUGCAAAACAAGACCUUGAUGAUGAGUACAAUUUCCCACCAGGUCGACAUGCUGGUCAGGGGAUCUCCAAGGCGCCUAGCGCGUGGUAG